CCUUGCUUAGUAUAUCGAUCUAUUCCACCCCACCAUUCGCCAUCCAGUCAGUACUAGCUAUUGAAUAAUAAACAAUAAUCGAUCACUCAAUCACUCACUCAGUCAUUCCUCAUUCACAAACAUCACUCAUUAAUAUACGGACGGAGUAUACUCUCUCUACUCAAAAUCUCACCCACCAAUCCAAUCCAAUCCAAAGCGCACUACUCCAAUCUCUACUUCUACUUCCACCUUCACCUCUACAAUGCCGACCAAAGAACCCCGCCCUCUCAUUGUCGGUUCGGAAAGCGGUCCCGAAUCUCCCUAUCCGUUACGAAUGGAAGGGGAAGUGGUUUCUGGAUUUGGUCGCGGAUCUAAAGAACUCGGAAUCCCCACCGCAAACAUCCCCGUCACAAACGUCCCCUGGAUCGACACCGCCCCCUCAGGCGUGUACUUCGGCCACGCCGCGCUCGACCUCCCAUCCACGCACCCCGAACUGCAAACCCCCUCCCCCUCCCCAUCCACCCCUCCGACCUCCCAAACCACCCGCCUCUACCCCAUGGUCAUGUCCAUCGGCUACAACCCGUUCUACCGCAACACGGUGCGCUCGGCCGAAGUGCACCUGCUGCACCAGUUUUCCCACGAUUUCUACGGGUGCCACAUGCGCGUCGAGAUUCUGGGCUAUAUUCGUCCGGAGCUGGAUUAUGUGGAUAGGGAGUCUUUGGUGCGGGAUAUCGAGACGGAUAUUGAGGUUGCGAGGGGGAGUUUGGCGAGGGAGAAUUGGGGGGUGGAGAAGAGGGAUGGCUGGUUGUUGGGGGGAGAGGCGGGGAAGAGUGAAUGA